AUGGCGUCGACUUCAGGAACCAAUAGCAGCAACAGUGUGCAAGAGCGCAGCAAACAAACAUCCAACAAAUCGGCGCGGUCUUCGCAAUCGUCGAUUCAAAAUCUACUUGGUGGACUCCCCAAGUCGUCGACUUCUUCGUGGCAAAAACAUCACUGGGGCAAGCAUUACUGGGACGGCAAAUCGAAUCGAUGGGUUCAAGCUUGCACUGCCGUCCGCGGCGGUCGUGUUCUGGUGGUCUGCGUCCUGCUGUUUGUGGCCUCCUUACUCGGUUUUGUAGCCUUUACGAUUCUGACAGAGGAUGAACAGAAUCUAGCCGAGACGCAAUUCCGGUCCAUCAGUCAACGAGCACUGGUCGAAGCCAGAACUAUCAUUCAGAGUCGACGAGACGCCGGUGUUACCAUGUCCAAGAUGUUGGCAGAGCUGCACCCCAACGCCUCUCAGUGGCCCUUUGUACCAGUAUGGGGCUUUGAACGUCUUGCCGAGAGCUUGCUGCACACAGCAAAUGGCAGAGACAUGGGCUUUGUCCCCUACGUACAACCUUCUCAAGCAACGGACUUUGAAGUGUUUGCCCGCGGUGUCUAUGAGAAACUCGACGCCAACGCCACCCAAAAACGCCCAGAAAUCUGGGCCACCAACCUCAGCACGACACCACCCACUGUUUAUCACGACACUACUGGCGAAACGCCCUAUUCCAGUCCGUAUCAGAUCUUGACACCCAUCUUUCGCACGGAUGAAGGCAUGAACAACACGAUUCUCUUGUUCAAUCCCCAUUCUCAGCAGCUUCCCGGACGGGCCAUUGAUCGGUUGAUUGCGUGCAGCAAAAAGCGACAUCAACUCCAGCAGGAAGCGCUCAAUGCGACGGGGGAACCACUGCACGACGAUAUCAGUUGCGGUGUUCUGACGGGUUUCUUUCCCAUCAUCCGAUUCAAGAGAAGAUGGGGUGCGGCUCACUUUUAUCCAAUCUACCCUGUCAAUGAUCCUUUCACAAUCGUGGGGCACAUCUCCUCAAUGUUUGCCGUGGAGGAACUAUUGCAAAACGCCUUUGCGACCGAGGUGGAUGGAAUUGAUGCCUGCUUUGAGACAUACGAUCAAGCCGUGACCUUUAGUAUUCGCCAUGGCGCAGCAUACUUUGUGGGAGAGGGCAAAUUUCACGAUCCCAAAUACGAGCACCAGCAACAAACCAUUGAAUUGUUAGACCCGACCAUGUAUGCCGAUGCACCCCUGUCUAUUCAGUUCCGACUGACACCCAACGACGAUUUCUACAAGAUCUAUGAGACUAACAAUCCAGCCUAUGUGACACUGGGAGCUGUUUGUACCAUUCUGGUCACUUCCCUGGUCUUUUUUCUCUACGACUUUUUGGUGCGGCGGGAGUUCCAUGCCAAACGAGAACUCUUGGAGGCACGGCGGCAGUUUAUGCGCUUUGUCUCGCAUGAAGUAAGGACUCCGCUGAACGCAGUAUCCAUGGGCCUCGACCUGAUGCAGGCCGAGUUAGCCCAAGCAUUGGGGUAUGAAUCGGCUACCAGCUUGAGGGCCAGUGGUGCCUUGGACGAGGAGGAUCCCUCGGACAGAACAGACAAUGGAAAGAAUGGUGGUCAUGACUGCAAUCAAGUUCCAACAGGACAGGUCAAAGAAGCCCUACUACGAGCAUCAUCAACAGAGAUUCCCAAUGCAUCCAACCAUCGACAUGGUUCCUCCUCCGCCACCUGUCUGUCGAGCCAGAGGGCUCUUGACUGGUUCCAGUUGACCCAGGAAAUCCAGGGCAAUACUCAAGGAGCUGUUGACAUCUUGAACGACAUUCUCAAUUACGACAAAAUCUCGCAGGGGAAUUUACAGCUAGGCACAGAAGUCAUCUCUCUGUGGGAACUGCUGGAAAUUGCCAUUCUAGAGUUCAAAUUGUCUGCUUCCAGCAAACAGGUGCAGUUGGGUAUCUCAUUUGGCUGUGAGAAUGAUGCCGAUAGUGAUGAAAUGGCUGACAAGGACGUCGAAGCACUGAUGCAACACCAGCAAGUCAAGAUCUCACGAGCACUAGAUCUACCAGAGGCAAUCGCUGGCUUGAAGGUCAUUGGUGACUCUGUUCGACUCACACAAGUGCUUCGGAACCUCAUGAGCAACGCAUUGAAAUUCACCCCUCCACAUGGGUGCGUGGAGGUCUUUGCGACGUAUGAACCUUCCGAAAAGUCGCUUAGCAUUAUGGAUCUCAGCACGAGAAGCACCAAGGCGGAAGAGGGGCAGCAACGAAUCACAUUGGACAAGGGAGAUGCGGUCACGGCCAUGCCGCAAGGAUGUAUCAAGUUCAGAGCCAACGAACUGCAAGCUGGACAGGGAAGCGGAUUAGGAUUGUUUAUCGCAAAAGGAAUUGUGGAACAACACAAAGGUAUUCUAGUGGCAACGUCAGAUGGGAUUGGGCACGGGACAACGUUUGAAAUGAAACUGCCAUUGUGGCAACUUGUCCAAACAGACGGCGAGAGUCGAGUAUUGUUCAUCAAUCCCGAAAAUCUCGAGAUUCCCACCGCCGAAGACAAUUCCGAGACUGGUACGAGAGCUUCUGCAAAGGAUGAGUCGACACUGCUGGAUUCUGUCAAGCCAGACCCACCAAUUGAUACUACGGAAGAGUUCAAACCUGCCGAGGAAACUGCUCCGCCGCCUUGUUUGUAUAUUCUGGUAGUGGACGAUGUCAUGUCGAACCGAAAACUCUUGAAAAGGCUGCUGGAGCGGAAUGGGCACCAGUGUGAGGAAGCAGAGAACGGUCAAGUGGCUGUUCAAAUGGUAGCACAGGCAGCAUCCCGGCAAACACCGUUCGAUUCCAUUCUGCUCGAUUUUGAAAUGCCCAUCAUGGACGGACCUACCGCUGCCAAGGAAAUCCGUCGCCUCGGAUUUGAUAAAUUGGUCAUAGUGGGUAUCACAGGCAACGUCCUUCCGGAGGAUGUAAUAUUCUUCAAAGGGUGUGGGGCGAACGAUGUCCUAGCAAAGCCUGUCAAGAUUCCCGAGCUGCACGCCUCUUGGAUGGAGAACGGGAUACGGAUACAUUGUUCUUCCAAGACGACAUAG